CACUGCAGUGUCCCCAAGGUCGCCCCGCUCCCGAGCCCCCCCGUUCAUCCCAGCGGGGCCCCGCCAACACCAGCAGCGCGCAUGCGCCGCGCGGGGUCACCGAAUGCUGCGCGAGCGGAGCGCGCAGGCGCACUGGGGAGCGGGGCCGGGUUCAGUUCCGGGGUGUGGGACUGCUGUGAGUACAGCGCGUUCGGCGGGACUGCGGAGCUGAGGGCACGGCGGGACCAUGGCUCGCAACGCGGAGAAGGCCAUGACGGCCUUGGCAAGAUUUCGGCAAGCCCAGCUUGAGGAAGGAAAAGUCAAGGAGCGAAGGCCCUUCCUUGCAUCAGAGUGUAAUGAGCUACCCAAAGCUGAGAAAUGGAGGAGACAGAUCAUUGGGGAGAUUUCCAAGAAAGUGGCACAGAUCCAAAAUGCUGGAUUGGGUGAAUUCAGAAUUCGGGACCUGAAUGAUGAAAUCAACAAACUUCUGAGGGAGAAAGGACACUGGGAAUACCGAAUAAAGGAGUUGGGAGGCCCAGAUUAUGCUAGGAUUGGCCCAAAAAUGUUAGAUCAUGAAGGGAAAGAGGUUCCAGGAAACAGAGGCUACAAAUACUUUGGAGCUGCAAAGGAUUUGCCAGGAGUUAGAGAGCUUUUUGAAAAGGAACCCCUGCCACCCCCACGGAAGACUCGGGCUGAGCUUAUGAAGGACAUCGAUGCCGAGUACUAUGGCUACAGGGAUGAAGAUGAUGGGAUUCUGGAGCCCCUGGAGCAGGAGCAUGAGAAGAAAGUUAUAGCAGAAGCAGUGGAAAAAUGGAAGAUGGAGAGAGAAGCACGACUUGCAAGAGGCGAGGAGGAAGAGGAAGAAAACAUCUAUGCUGUCCACGAGGAAGAGUCUGAUGAGGAAGGUGGCAAGGAGAGAGAAGGUGAAGACGGCCAACAGAAAUUUAUUGCACAUGUUCCAGUGCCAACUCAACAGGAGAUUGAGGAAGCUCUUGUACGAAGAAAGAAGAUGGAGCUGCUCCAGAAGUACGCCAGUGAAACCCUCCUGGCACAGAGCGAGGAGGCGAAGACGCUGCUAGGAUUGUAACAUGCACCAGUGUCCUGGUUUGUGUGUAAUCCCUCUGAAAGCAGCAGGUUCCUAAGUUCUGGUAGCAAUGGCUUUUAGCUCUGGAAGUUCCUUCGGAUGUGGAGCAGACUGCUGGAGUUACAGUGUGGUGUGCAGGAGAACCAUCCUUCUGGUUUCUCCGCUAGGAUGACUUGUGCUCCAGCGCUGGAAAGGGUCAAACCUUGGUGAACUUGUCUGUGCAUCUGGCAGCUGUCUUCAAUGCUUUCAGUUUGGGAAAGGCUCUGUGCAGUGGGGCCUCCUACAGAUAGAACCACACGCAGUGAGCUCCUAAAUCCCUGGUGUUCCUGCCAUCCUGUCUGCUCUGUCCUGACUGUAAGUGUGCACAUCUUCUCAUGCUGGCUAUUGUUGAGCUGAGAAGUAACUCACACUAUUACACCUGCUUAGUUUACCAGAAUAAUCUGGAACCUGUCUAGAGGUGCCUUGAAGGCAGAUCUUAGGAGUGACUUUGGAGAUUUGAUUCUUUCUAAAACACAUGCAACGUCUAAAACCUGUUACCUUUUUUGUGGUUUGUAACUGUGCCCAGAUGAAUUUCUUAAAUGCUGGAUAUUCCAGCAGCUACUGUAAAAAACUUUGCAAUACCUUGUUCAAAUAUUUUUAUUAAAACUUAUUUACA